GAUUGGACGAUUGGGUUAGAUUGCGACCGACUGCAGCGUUGGCUGUGUGCCGUGAGCAUUGCGUGUUCACGAUGUUCGGCCGGUGGAGAAGUAGACAGCGCGUUGUGAAAUUGGUUUUAGUUGUUGCGCUCCUGCUCGUUGCGCUGUCCUCGUUCCUCACCGUCGCUUUUCGAGACAGCCCAAACUCUCCGCUUUCACCCAUUCCCUUGGUCCCGAAGGCCGCACAGGAACAGGCGGUUUGCGAUUCGCCGCCAGCUUGCUUCAACUACAUAUUCACGACGUUUGGUGGUAAAAAUGGCAAAGAUGAACGCACGCUCGAUGUUUACACGUCUGCGGAUGGAAUCCAUUUCACCCCUUACGUGAUGGGGGCGUAUAAGCCCGAGAACAGUCUGCUGCGAGAUCCUAGCAUUAUCUUGCAUGACGAUGGGUGGUACUAUGUGGUCCACACGACGAGCUGGGACGGAAAUGACUUUGCUCUCAUCAAGAGUAAAGACUUGAAGACUUGGGAUCACGUAGUCACGAUCAAAAUCAAAUUGACUGAUGAAGACCUGAAAGUUGCGGACGACAAACCUCGAGUAGCGCAGUCUUGGGCUCCGGAAUUCUUUCGCGAUCCGCAAACAAACAAAAUCCACAUCAUCAUCUCCCUCCGGCACUUUGAAAUGAAAACCAACUUCGCCCCCUACAUCUUCACCGCCACUUCGAGAGAUCUCAAAUUUUGGACUCCUGGGAACCCAUUAAAUGUCACUGGACUCACGCCUGCGGAUUCCUAUAUCGACAUGUUUAUUAUUUACGAUGGCAGCGAUAAAGCAACGCCAUACCACGGCUUUAUGAAAAAUGAGGUCGAGAAACACAUCGAGCACCUUGCAGCGGCUAGCGUAGAGGGCCCGUGGCAGUUCGUGCAGAAGGGGGAUUUUGCGGGGUGGGGUACUAAGGAGGGCCCAGCGGUUGUGGAGAAGCCGGGUGGUGGAUGGAGGAUGUGGGCAGACGACUACCAUGGUCACGUGAAGUAUGCCGACAGCGACGACUUAUGGAAUUGGACCAAGAUGGUCGAUAUGCCAGACGGAGUAUCUAGCAAGGUUAGACAUGGAACCAUCUUACGCCAAGAUAGGAAGGGGACAUUAUUACCACAAUAGAUGUCGAAAACAUGGAGUUUUGGGGAGUUUAGGAAUUGGAAGUUAAAGACGGGUGAUCUGGAGCAUGAUUUAUGGUUAUGAGGGUAUGUAGACCAAGAAAUAAACUACAUUAUUAUCAUAUAAUGCGCA